UCACGAACAAAGUGAGCCCCCAACUGUGGAAAUCGCAAGCAAUAAUAGAAGCCAACCUGAGAAAAGGAGUGGGUGCGUAACAGACUGGGCGGGAGUUGUUAAUGGCUUUCGCACAAUGGCAUUAAUCAGAUUAACAGGAGCAAUUAGCUUGGCCAACAGAACUGCACCGCCUUCGGAGCGCCCAGUAAAGGAAAGGAUUAGGUUAAUUUAAUUAAUUCUCAAUACACAGACCAGUCUCCUUUCAGGCCAUUGUGUAACCCUCUCCCUUAGCCUCUCAGCCAACCAACCCCCCCUUAUCCCCCUUCCCAAACCACCACUAUCCCUACUGAAGAGGGAAGAGUGGGGGGGGGGUAGAGAAAUCAAAUCUGGUUUUGUUUGUCAUCUGCAUAUUACCAGGAACUAAAUCUAGGAUGACGUCGACUCUGUAUAAAAAAGGGAAGAAGUUCAGCUGGACUACUAUAUCUUUCAUCCAACACUGGAAUGAGUUCAGUGAAGGCAGGAAAGGGAGGGAGGGAUAGAGAGUGAGGAGAGAGAGAGAGGAAGAGAGAGGGUGAGGGAGAGGGAGAGGGAGAGAGCAAGAGCGAGAGCUAGAGUGAGACACAGAGACAUAAGAGACAGACGGGAAUAUAGGCAGAGACUAGGGAGAAAGUAAAGGAGAGUGGGAGACAAAUUUGGGCAGUUGGCAAGAUCUUUCAGUUUGAUUUCUCUGUCAGACCUGCGGGUAUUUUGUAUUUUUUUGGGGGGGAAUUUUACUCUUUUUCUUUAUUAUUCUUUUUUAUUGUUGUUAUUUGGAUUCUUCCUUCUCCUGUCCCCGGCGGGAAGAGUUCGGGGAUGCCUGCUGGCAUGUUCAGCAUCGACAAUAUUCUCGCCGCCCGGCCUCGCUGUAAAGACUCUGUGUUGCCUCUGGCUCCUAGCGCCGGGGCCCCUGUGGUCUUCCCCGCCUUACAUGCGGACUCUCUCUAUGCCAGUACUUCUGACUAUGGUAGCUUCUACUCGCGUGCGGUAGCCCCCAGCGGAGCCAGCCUCCAGACUGCGGUCGGUGGCUCCCGCUUGGGCUAUAAUAGUUACUACUAUGGGCAGCUGCAAGUGCAGGCGACGCCCGUCGGCCCAUCUUGCUGCGGGGCGAUUCAGCCUUUGGGAACCCAGCAGUGCUCCUGCGUUCCAUCCUCAGGUUACGACGGCUCGGGCUCAGUCCUGAUGUCCCCGGUUCCCCACCAGAUGUUGCCCUAUAUGAAUGUGGGCACCUUGUCGCGGACCGAACUGCAGCUGCUUAACCAGCUGCAUUGCCGGAGGAAGCGGCGGCACCGAACUAUUUUCACGGAUGAACAGCUGGAAGCUCUGGAGAACCUGUUCCAGGAGACCAAGUACCCCGACGUGGGCACUAGGGAACAGCUGGCUCGGAGAGUGCACUUGAGGGAGGAAAAAGUAGAGGUCUGGUUUAAAAAUCGAAGGGCAAAGUGGAGGCGGCAGAAGAGGUCCUCCUCAGAGGAGUCGGAAAACGCACGUAAAUGGAGUAAAGCUUCGAAGCCAUCCCCAGAGAAAAGGGAAGAGGAAGGUCUUUAAAGAGGAAGGAAACAUGCAAAAAUUGUAACUUCUAAAGAAAGCUAUGAAGCCUAUUAAACAACAUUAAAGAUACUGAAACAGCUGAUGGUAUGAGAACUCAAGCAUUUCAAGGAUCAUUCAAGUUGGCUAUGAAACAAGAUCAUUCACACAAAGAGAUGAGAGUAGCAUUUAAGACAAAAAACACACAAAACUGACAAAUUGUUGUUGCAAAACUCAUAAUUCAUCCUCAAAAUAUAAACUCGGAUCCCACAGAAGGAUAUGGCAGAAGGAAAGGUUGCUUUUGGUUCCUGUAUAGAGUAGGGUAAUAGCUACUAAACGCUGUAAUUAAGAAAAAGCAAUUGUUAUUAACAAUGCAAUACAAAGAAUGAAGUAUUAAAAGUUGAGAAAAAGCAAUUUUUCUGGAUCGAACUCACUUUUUCAUUCAACCUUAUAUCAAAAUUGUUCGAAGAAGCCAAGUGAAUCUCUAAAAUCUGGGCAUCUUUACCAAACUGUAAAAUGUACACCCCUUCACCUUCUUAAAAACAUUUUGGAGACUUUUAUUUCACUUUCAGGGGACCUUGAAGUCAUCUCUGUUGAGCAAAAUUAUGAACUCAAAAAUAUAUUGAUAUAAUGAAAAACAGAAUUGUUCUGGAAUUAUAGAAAUUAUAAAAUGAAAGUGGAAUAUUUUAAUAUGAGCUUUUUAUACAUAGUAUAUAGUUAAGAAAUUUCUCAAGGAUUGGAGAUAAAUAUGCUUCAGUGGGCUGAUAACUCACUUGUUCAGAACUCAAUAGAAGCCUAUAGACUAUUAUCAAGAUUAGACUGUAAAUGAAAGGUAUGCUUAAUGUGAUAAAAGUGUACUUUUUCUAAUGCAUAUAGAAUAUUGCCCAAAUAUUGUGAACACAAUGUCAAAUCAUAUCUUUUAAAAAAAGGUGAUGGGAUCAGAAGGGAGACAUAUUGUAUAUUAAAGUUUUGUA